UCCAUUUUCAUGAUUUCUCUUCUUCCAUUUUUCCUCCACACCUUCCACUACAGGUGCAGUUUAGUGAAACCCUAGGCGCUAAAGCGACUAGGUUUUUCUGUGUAAUCUUGAUUCUGCUUCCUCAUCGGCUUCUUCUGUUUGAGGGUAGGAUGGAGGAUGAGGAUAGAUUCACUGCCCCCGCGGAUGACACAGUUGCGUUGGAUAGCCCCAUUGCAGAAUCUCGGCUAUUGAAUCUUGAUAUGAACGCUGAUGUUGUGGAUGUAUUUGAGUCCGCUCAACAUUGGGGAGAUCAGAUGGAAGAUAACUCGGAGAAAGACAUCGUGCUUGACAGUGAUGAUGAAGCAAGAGAGCAAAAUAAGGCUAUAUAUUUGGUGAAUGAGAAGAGUUCUCCAGUAAUUGGGAGAUUUUCUGGCAGGGGUACGAGAGGCUCGGGAGAAAGGCGGCAAGUUCCUUCUGGUUAUAUCCGGAGGCUGGGUAACAAAGUCACGGGGCGUGUACUUCUUCAUCCUAAUUCAGCUAGAAAUGCUACGUGUAGUGGAGAAUGUAACGCUGGGAGGAACUGUCUUUACAAUGGUAGUAGAUUUGAAGAGCAUCUCGUUGUUAUGGAUAGAGCAUCCAGGUCACUAGAUCGAAAACCAAUUCCCAUGAAUACAAAAGAAUUUCACAUGGACAGACAGUACCCAAAUAUGGCUAGAGUAAGUCUGGGUGAAAAUUCACUUGAUGAGAGAAAGUUGUCUUUAUAUGAGUCUAAAUCUAUGGAUAUACAGAAGGAUGCAAAUUAUGACUGUGAACAUGCGGAGCUGAAUUACAUUGAAUCUCCAGAACCUACAGAAUCACAUGGUAAGGCCCUUGACUUUGUAGAUCGUUACCUUUCGGUUAGUGAUUUGGGCUCAUAUAAAGAUGUUGGAACUAGACAGACUAACAGGGUAAGAUCACCUCCCCCUUUGAGGUCAAAGGGGUCUCAAAGUUUGGCCAGGAUGGUAAGCAUUGGAUGUUGUGCUAGCAAGUUCAUGACUUUUGACUGGGCUGAAAAGCUAAUUGAGAAGAAUGAGUACACUUCCCUAAGAAAGAACGACUCAUUCUUUGGAUUUGAAGGUGACAAAUCUGUGUAUUUGCCUGUUUAUCAAGAACCAGACAAUAUUAUCUUGCAAAAGGGGACAAUCUCAGGUCUCCAGUCAGAAGAGAAGUUGCAAGAAAAUGUAUUAAAUACCAAUUGUUCAAAUAGAGAUUCACUGAACUCCAAUGACAUUGAGAAAAUAGAAUCAAGUUCUGGAAUUUGCAUUGCAAACGAUUCCAUGGAGUUGGACGAGCAGUUUGAUGCAGAGUUAUCAAGAAAAAAUAUGGAAAAAUAUGAACAAUUGAUGUCUGCACCAGAUUUAUUAGAUAUUGGUAUGGACACUCAACUGGCUGCUGAAGCUAUGGAAGCAUUAAUACAUGCAGGUCCACCCACAUUUGAUGAUUGUUUUGCUCAUCAAGGUUCAAGCAACACACUUUUGGACUCUUCUAGGAGUGUAAAAUUGAAGAGUGAAUCAAAAGAUGCUGCCUACCCUGAGGAGGCCUUUGUAGGUUGGAGAUGCAAAGACAAGCGCUCGAAAUGUGUGAAGAUUUAUACUGUUCAGGGCAAAAAUGGAUCUUGCUCUUCUGCAAAACAAUUUAAGAAACACAGAAGAACUGUUGCUCAGUUGUCGGCAAGCACAAAUGUGAUGACAGAGAAACCGAUGACUGGGAAAUACUUUAGCAUAAAUCAAGAAGAUACCAGGAAUUUGCAGACUGGCAAAUGUGGUAAGCCUCCUGAGAUCAGUGUGCCCCAAGAUGAAUAUGGGUACACAGAAAGAGAGAGCUUGAAAGGGUUUCAGAAAGUUUACAGAAGGUCAGAAAAGACUACUCAUCGGGUACAGUCUGAUUCCCCUACGAAACGAAGAAAGAUAGUUAGUUUUCAUAAUGAUGUACGGGAAAUAGGACUCGGAGGCACCUGCUUGAAGAUCAAUUCUGAUUCAUCUUUCCAAGUGAAAACAGAAACAUCAAAAAUAGAUGAAAAUUCCUAUCUGGAUGUGGCUGAUAGGAGUCUGUCACAGUUUAAUCUUUGGAUCUACCCAAAAGGGAAAAGAUCACGUCAACGUUUACCACCCCAUUCGAUUAGAUCAAGGGUUCAGUGUUCUGGACGUGCAGCAACUGAGAAUAAUGUGGAAAAAUAUCCCGUAGUGAAUGAGGAAGCACACAAGAGGAAGCUUUUAGUCUAUACCAGGCAACAUAAAUUUUCUUUAGACAGAGAACAAGUGGGAAGCUCUUUAAGGUUUGCUGGUGACUUGAGUUCUCCCUCAGUUAAUGAUAAUGUCGUUUCUGACAGUCUAGUAGAGAACUCUGUUGAAUUUGAUAGAGCCAAGCCAUUAAUGCAGUUUGAUAAAUUGGAUGACGGGAAACCUUCCUCUGUUGAUCCUUCAGGUAACAUGAAGUCAGAUGCAUUAUCAAAUGGAUGUUCUAUGACUUCGCAAGUAUUUGAAGGUUGUGACAAAACCAAGAAAUCAUGCGACCACCUUUCCAGAUCUCCCCUUAUGAAAGAGCUUAUGAGAUUGGGUUAUGCGGAAUCAUUACCUGAUUUUCUGCCAAAAGAUUCAAGGAGGCGAAAAGCUAUGGUGAAAGUUUGCAUUUUGUUCAGCCAGAACUUGGAGACAAGCAUACUCAAGCAGCAGAGAAAGAUUGUGGCGCGAUUCGGGUUUUCCAUUGCAUCAUGCUGCUCGGAUGCAACACAUUUCGUAACCGAUAGAUUUGUGAGAACAAGGAAUAUGUUGGAAGCCAUUGCUCUUGGAAAACCUGUCGUAACACACUUAUGGCUUGAGAGCUGUGACCAAGCUGGCUAUGUUAUUGAUGAAAAGAGUUACAUCCUAAGGGAUGAGAAAAAGGAAAAAGAAAUUGGAUUCAGCAUGCCAUUUUCUCUCUCUUGUGCCGUCCGGCAUCCACUUUUAAAGGGCUGUAGAGUCUUGAUCACCCCUAAUGUGAAACCUGCUAUAGAUGUGAUAAAUGUUUUGGUCAAGGCAGUUCAUGGACAGGUUGUCCAAAGCAUACAGAAUGUCAAAACAAAGGAUAAGGUGAUUCCUGAUGAUUUAUUAGUUCUCUCAUGUGAAGAAGAUUAUAAGAUUUGCUUGCCAUUUCUUCAAAGGGGAGCUUCCAUUUAUGACUCGGAGCUUUUGCUGAAUGGUAUAGUAACCCAGAAACUGGAAUAUGGGAGGUUUCAGCUCUUUAAAGAUUUUAGGAGAAAACAGCCUCUGACGUCUGGUGAUACCGCUAUUCUUUCCUAGAAUCCAGACCGUUAACUCCUAGCAUAGUAUUUAAACGGAUAGCCCUCUUGCACAGCUUGAAUAUACACUUUCCUUUUCCAGGGCAUAAAAAGCCCUGAAAUUUUUGCCUCUUUAUUGAGAUUUUGAGAAAGUGUAAAUAGUACUAUGGCAAGUGGAAAUAAUUUUGCCUGCCUUUCAUAACGUAAAUGUAAGAUUUUC